AUGUUUCCUGGAUCAGCGCUCAUAUUAAUGGACCGUGUCAUGGCAAAUUUGCUGGAGCAAGGAUAUGCAAUGCUGUAUGUAAGGGUGAUGGGGCUCGACGAAGAAUCGCACACCUUCACAGAUGAGGAUGAUUAUGAUGGCGAGAGGGAGAUAAGAAUUUGGAUGACGCUAGUGUUGUAUUUGAAUCACGUGUCACAGAUAUUCAUUAUCGAGAAACAGAUCUGGUGGUGGACGGAAGAAGACGUUGGAAACGAGACCUGGCACGAGAGAGCUGCCAGUAGCGCACUGCACCACCCAACCUUGUCACCUCCGCCCAAAUCCAGCAUAGGCUCCUACUACCAACCCCAGGUGCCCAACAUCCCCCGCCUCCGUGAAUCCCCCAUUUUCGACAUGGGGGAAUCAUAUCCAUCCUUACCGCAUCCCGGACCUUCCACCAGCUGUAGGACUACCAUCUGGCAUAUACCCCAGUUUUCGACACUGGGGUAUCCCGUGGCAGCUCCCGUUUUUGGUCAGAGGCUCACUUCAAGCGGUGAUUUGGUUUGGAGAAAUUGA